GCGUACAGUGAGAGGCAGUACACAAAGAGAUGCAGACAGGUUUAAAUAGCUUCAACUUUAGAGAGCCAUUGAAUUCAAUGAUGGAAAACGGAAUGGAUGGUCUUCAUGACUCAGGAGUCCAAAUGGUCCAAUACCUCCAGAUGAACUACAAUAGUUCUCAAGACUGGUUCAUGUUCAUCUCAUUUGCUGCUGAUCUCAGAAAUACCUUCUUCAUCUUCUUCCCCAUCUGGUUCCAUCUGUGCGAAUCAGUGGGCAUCAAACUUAUCUGGGUUGCUGUAAUCGGGGACUGGCUCAACCUUGUAUUCAAAUGGAUCCUCUUUGGACAGAGACCGUAUUGGUGGGUUCAUGACACAGAUUACUAUGGAAAUAUGUCCGCUCCAAUCAUUGAGCAGUUCCCAGUGACGUGUGAGACCGGACCAGGAAGCCCUUCAGGUCAUGCUAUGGGGUCUGCUGGAAUUUACUACGUAAUGGUGACAGCCAUCAUCACAAUCAUAUUGAAGAAGAAGAGAGAAACCAUUCUUACCAGCUGGUGCUUACGUGGAGCCCUAUGGACAGUAUUUUGGGCUGUCCAGGUCAGCGUCUGCUUGUCUAGAAUCUUUUUGGCUGCACACUUUCCACACCAGGUUGUGGCUGGAGUCAUUUCAGGAAUGGUAGUGGCAGAAGCAUUCCAUCACGCACAGUCUAUAUACAAGGCUAAUCUGAAGAAAUACAUCUUCACCACCCUCUUCCUGUUCUCCUUUGCCCUUGGAUUCUAUUUGAUCCUGAAAGCAGUAGGUGUGGACCUCCUGUGGACUCUGGAGAAGGCUAAAAAAUGGUGUGCAAGGCCAGAGUGGGUCCACAUUGAUACUACUCCUUUUGCUGGCCUCCUUAGAAACCUGGGCAUAUUCUUUGGAUUAGGUUUGGCUCUCAACUCCAAACUUUAUCAAGACAGUUGCCAUGGCAAGCAAGGAAGGCAAAUCAAGUUCCGAAUCUGCUGUAUAGUAGCUUCUCUUGUCGUCCUACAUCUCUUUGACUCCUUCAAGCCACCCACCAAAGUGGAGAUGCUCUACUAUGCCCUGUCAUUUUGCAAAAGUGCUGCAGUGCCGUUGGCUGCUGUGGGAAUUGUCCCUUAUUGUGUUUCUCAAAUUCUUUACCAACAGGACAAAAAAACACUUUAAUAUUUUUUUUUAUUAUUUAUUAAGCUAUAUAAUUUUUAUAGGUUUUAGUUAACCAAGAUAUGAAUCCUUCAUAUAUAUACAUGAGUCUUCCACAUUUCACAUUGCCAUUUUAAAAUGUGAGCAUAUGCUGGUGGUCUGGACAGGAGAUGAUUGUACAUUAUGCAGGGGAUUUCUUCCCUGAGAAAACCUUGGGAAGCUAUCAUGGCGGUCUUCAGCUGGUUGGCAUCUGCAGUGGAUUCGCAUGAAGUCUGAAAGAUUUGCAUGAGAU